UAGUGACACAAAAACACAGCUCAGCUGUUUGCUGCUGUCGCCUUCUUUCUUUCUUUCUUUCUUUCUUUCUCACUCUGUUGGGCACAGUUCUUUCUCUCCCAAAAUAAAAGAAGUAUAGAAUAAAGUGCAAAGGGGAGAUAAGAGGGGAAAAAAGGCCAUUGCUCAAGGGAAGGGAAGGGAAAGGAAGGAGAGAGGUUCAUUUUGAUGGGUUUGAAGCUUGUAAUGUGGAACUUGUUGGUGGUGGAGGUGGUGUUAUUGUGUUCAUGGGUUUGUUGUUGUACAGCCUCUGUAUCAUAUGACACUAAUGCCAUUAUCAUAAAUGGCCAAAGGAAGAUCCUCAUUUCUGGAUCCAUUCACUACCCUCGUAGCACUCCUGAGAUGUGGCCAGAUCUUAUUCGGAAGGCAAAAGAAGGAGGUUUGGAUGUAAUCCAGACCUAUGUUUUCUGGAAUGGCCAUGAACCUCAACCUAACAAAUAUCAUUUUGAGGGGAGGUAUGAUCUGGUCAAAUUUAUCAAGCUGGUGAAACGAGAAGGUCUCUAUGUUCAUCUCAGGAUUGGGCCCUACGCUUGUGCUGAAUGGAACUUUGGGGGCUUUCCUGUUUGGCUCAAGUAUGUUCCAGGUAUCAGUUUCAGAACAGAUAAUGAGCCUUUCAAGGCUGCAAUGCAAAAAUUUACAACAAAAAUCGUCGAUAUAAUGAAAGCUGAAAGGUUAUAUGAGUCUCAAGGUGGUCCAAUAAUUCUAUCGCAGAUUGAGAAUGAAUAUGGCCCCAUGGAGUAUGAACUCGGUGCUCCUGGUCAAGCUUACACGAAAUGGGUGGCUCAAAUGGCUGUUGGUCUGGGCACUGGAGUCCCGUGGGUCAUGUGCAAGCAAGAUGAUGUCCCAGAUCCCAUUAUAAACACUUGCAAUGGUUUUUAUUGUGAUUACUUCUCCCCGAAUAAAGCCUACAAACCCAAGAUGUGGACGGAAGCCUGGACUGGCUGGUUCACCGAGUUUGGAGGUGCAGUUCCUUACCGUCUUGAAGACUUAGCAUUUUCAGUUGCACGGUUUAUACAAAAGGGCGGAUCUUUUAUUAACUAUUAUAUGUAUCAUGGAGGAACAAACUUUGGCAGAACUUCCGGUGGUCCUUUUAUUGCCACUAGCUAUGAUUAUGAUGCUCCACUCGACGAAUUUGGACUAUUAAGGCAACCCAAAUGGGGUCAUUUGAAAGAUUUGCAUAGAGCGAUAAAGUUGUGUGAACCGGCUUUAGUAUCAGGAGAUCCCACUGUGAUCCCUCUUGGGAACUAUCAGGAGGCUCAUGUUUUCAAGUCAAAAUCUGGAGAUUGUGCUGCGUUCCUUGCAAACUACAAUUCUAAUUCCUUUGCAAAGUUGGCUUUUGGGAAUAUGCACUACAACCUGCCUCCUUGGUCCAUCAGCAUUCUUCCCGACUGCAAGAACACUGUUUAUAACACUGCAAGGGUAGGCGCUCAAAGUGCACAUAUGAAGAUGACUCCUGUUAUUUAUAAUACAGGAUUCUCUUGGCAAUCUUACAAUGAAGAGCCAGCAGCCUCUUAUGAUGACAAUUCUUUUACAAUGGUUGGAUUGUUGGAACAAAUUAAUAUCACCCGGGAUGCUUCUGAUUACCUGUGGUAUAUGACAGAUGUCAGGAUUGACCCAUAUGAAGGAUUUUUGAGGAGUGGGAAUUAUCCUGUUCUGACAGUGUUCUCUGCUGGUCAUGCUUUGCAUGUUUUCAUCAACGGUCAAUUAUCAGGAACUGCUUAUGGAAGUUUAGAAGACCCAAAAUUAACAUUUAGUGAUGGUGUGAAUCUGAGAGGUGGUAUAAACAACAUUGUCCUGCUAAGCAUUGCUGUUGGUCUCCCGAAUAUUGGCCCACAUUUUGAGACAUGGAAUGCCGGCGUUCUUGGCCCAGUUUCACUGAAUGGUCUAAAUGAAGGGAGGAGGGACCUAUCAUGGCAAAAUUGGUCUUACAAGAUUGGUCUAAAAGGAGAAGCAUUGAGUCUUCAUUCACUCAGUGGAAGUUCCUCUGUUGAGUGGGUUGAAGGUUCUUUAUUGGCACAAAGGCAGUCACUGACAUGGUACAAGACCACUUUUAAUGCUCCUGAUGGAGAUGAACCUUUGGCUUUGGAUAUGGAUAGCAUGGGGAAAGGUCAAAUAUGGUUAAACGGUCAAAGUGUUGGACGCUACUGGCCUGGAUACAAAGCUUCUGGUACUUGUGGUGCCUGUAAUUAUACUGGUUGGUUUGAUGAGAAGAAAUGCCUAAAUAAUUGCGGUGAGGCUUCCCAAAGAUGGUAUCAUGUACCUCGUUCGUGGUUGUAUCCUGCAGGGAAUUUGUUGGUUGUGUUUGAAGAAUGGGGUGGAAACCCUUAUGGAAUUUCUUUAGUGAAGAGAGAAAUAGAAAGUGUAUGUGCUGAUAUAUUUGAGUGGCAGCCAACUUUAGUGAAUUGGCAGAUGCAAGCCUCUGGUAAAGUUAAUAAACCUCUAAGACCUAAAGCUCACUUGUGGUGUGCCCCUGGUCAGAAGAUCUCGUCAAUUAAAUUCGCUAGCUUCGGAACGCCAAAAGGGGCUUGUGGAAGCUUCAGUCAGGGGAGCUGUCAUGCUUAUCAUUCUUAUGACGCUUUUGAAAAGUACUGCAUUGGGCAGCAAUCAUGCUCGGUACCUGUGGUGCCUGAGGCUUUUGGAGGAGAUCCGUGUCCAAAUGUCAUGAAGAAACUUUCUGUGGAAGCUGUUUGCAGCUGACAACACAGAAAACAUGAAAAGAAGGUCCUACUUUUGUUCUUUAACACCCGUCAUACAAAUUCACAAAUAAGUUUUUACUAAAUUCAUCAAAGAUCGAGGCAAGCAUUUUUUGGUUUUGCCAGGGUGAAGUUGUAGAACGUACAAAACACCAUUUGGUUCAAAACCCAUAUAAAUUAUGGAGAUGAUUAUGAGGUUUUUUGUACAUAAAAUAGCUAUUGUCUGUUAGAAGCACGUUGAGACACGGUAAAAUCGUCCAUGUGCAAAUGUUUAAUUGCUUUAUUAGUCUUGAAGACAGACAUGUAAGCUCUUGGCUUUCAUUGAGUUCAGAAUUUUGUUUUCUUAUGGACCUUUCUUCCCUGGAAGCAUUGUUUCAUUGCUUUGGAAUUGUAAUAAACAUCAAGCUUCUCAAUUUUUGUCUGAAAUUGACUUGGCAUUUGUAUUGUGCUUGAAUUUAUCAGAUAAAAAUUAGACUGUAUUGAGA